GAACUACAGAAAAACGUGAAGACGUAACGUGACCCCUGACCGCCGGCGUCAUUUUGCCGGGAAUGCCGGACCACGUGUCUCCUGCCGGUGUGCUGGUUCCUCCAAUGCGCGAUUCAUUACUUUUCAUUCCGAAACGAGUCGGGGCAGGGAGUGUACGAGCAAGAUGGCGGCGCGGUGGGGAGCAGGCGAGGAGACUUUAACUGCGUGCAAUAUGGAUUUUUUCUCUAUGGACACACUAGACGAGACUGAUGGGCUGAGCCCUGCAGAGACUCUUGAAGCCCUUCAAAGCUGCUUAGACCCCUCCAUUCUUUCUAUCUUUGAGGACACACCAACAAUAGAGACUAAAGGUCUAGACGAGGAGAGUGAUGCCACGCUGCUAACCGCCCUGACGGAGAUUCUCGACAAUGUGGACGAUGAGAACUUGUCCCCAUUUGACACACUACCUGACUCAGACCUGCUGUCAGGUCAAAAGGGCAGGGAACACUCUCCGCUCAGGAGAUUGCUGUGUCUGUCCCGUUCCCCUCUAGAGAAGGACACGCUAUGUGGCACAAGAGCCAUAUCAACUGGAAAGAGCCUCCCCAGGAUGCUGGCAGAAGCUCUCCAGAGAAGUGAUGGGGAGGAAGAGGAAGACCUCUCUCUGAGCCCAGCGAGUCAUGACUCGUAUCCUGACAGUGACCAGCUGCACUGGGAAGGUCUUGCCCUCCCGCUCCCUGUCAACUUUGAGCAGGAGGUUGAAGAUGGUGUUUCAGUUAGCCUGGGGGACUUAGUCAGGCAUAUGCACCCGUACUGCAUGGCCAUUUCUAUGGAAAAUGAAGAGGGGGAACAGAUGUUGCCCGAAGGAGGAAUCCUACUUGAAGUUGUGGACCAGGGUGAAAAUGGAGAACCCAUCCUGGCCAUCCCAGACAUGGAUCUUUCUGUCUCUCUCCCACUUAAAGACCAGUUUUCAGAAACUGAGCAUAAAGUUUCAGAAGAAGCAGAUGAAGUGGCCUCUGACAGCUCAGAGCACAUCGUUGUUGACGAUGAAGAUGAGACUCCAGUGAAAGCUGCCGCCCUUUUGACACCCGCCCUUUGUUCAGAUGUGAAAGAUAACAUGAUCAUUAAGAAACAAAAGGAAGAGGGAAGCUCCUCCCACAGAAAAAAGAAAAGAAAAUGCAGGGAAGAGCGCCAACCGAAACCUGUGGAGGGAAGGGUCCUUAGGAGUGGCACCGUUAGAAAGACGGCACCGCAAUCUCCCAAAAAGCCUGAAAAACGGCCAGUCAAAGAAGAGAAGAAGAAACACAAAUCCCCAAAGGUUCUUCAAGCCUCAACCUCAGCUUCUUCCUCUUUAAAACCUAAGAAACCAGAUCCAUGCCAUACUGAAACACAAAAACUCACCACUACAACACUAUUGCCUAAAAUGAAUGUGCAAGUUGCCACAUCUGUGUCAACCAGACAGGAAAUGGUGCCGUUAAAUGCCAGCCCUGAGAAGAGCCAGCCUAGCUGUUCACCCACAACAGUGAUCUCCCAAAAACCUGAGGAAACGCCUCAACAGCUGUCGCAGGCUCCUGAGAAGCUGGAAGGCUCAACAGCAGCUCCCUCUGCUGUCCUACCCCCGCCAUCUUCUGAGAGCCCUGCAGCUGUUUCUAGUCUGUCAGAACCCCAGCUGACCCCGGUGACACCAGUUAGCGAGGCCCCCCCUCCUGUGGCCCCGGCAGUCUCAGAGCCAAAGCCCAAAUCACUCAGUCUAGCAGAGUACCGGCGGCUCCGACAGCAGAAAAGGCCAGCUCCGGUGGAAAAACAAGAAAACAACAGCACCAGGUGGCCCAGCCUCCCAGAGCUUCCUAAAGAGCUUCCUCCUAUUCCCUGCUUGCCUGACCCCAGCCCCAAGGACCUCCGGCGCCCCAACCCCCAGGCAGCAGUGGAGGAGAUCAGACCCGCCUGGCAGCCAAGGGGACCGUGUGCACCACCCACCCCUGAGGCGCUGUUGGUGCCACCGGCCUACAUGGCUGCCUCAUCAAGCAAGGUUACUCCUGUCCCGAAACCACAGCAAAAACCUGAACCUUCAAAAACUCUUCCAUCCCAAAAGCCCCCGACUCCUUCCUCUAAUUCAGUGAGGAAUUUACCCUCACAACCACACACCGCUGCUCAACCUGUAGUACCUUGUGUGCCUCAAAGCUCUGGAUCUCUAGCUUCUUUAAGAGCUAUCAUGGCGUUUGUGUCAUCGGCAAAUGUGAAAUGCCCUCCUGCACCUUCAGGAGGAAAGAGUGGAGUCGACAAAAGGCCCCAAUCUCAAUUUACAUCUCUUGAAUCUGUAGCUCUCACUAAAGCCUGUCUUAAAACAACUACAGAUACGAUCAAACCCAAUGCUGCUACUGUGUCUGUGCCCCGUGCCCCCCAGAAGACGAUUGUUUUUCAGAAGGUGCCUGUGGUUACUGCUCCUGCACCAGUUGGUAACCCCAUCAUACCCGAGAGCAAGACCUCCAAACCCACAGCCUAUGGUACCCACCUCUGUAUUCCUCCAGCUACCCAUCCCUCCGACUCCCAGAGUCAGAAGGCCCAACCUGUUGUACUUGAAACUAAAGACAAACCCACUACAGCAGUAAAACCUCAAAAGGCAAAGAGCCCCACACAGGAGCUGAUCGAGGCCUUUACCACGGAGAUAGGUAUUGAAGCUGCUGAUCUGACCAGCUUAUUGGAGCAGUUUGAGGAAACCCAAGCCAAAGAGGAGCAAAGUGUGCUGGAGGUCUCUGGUAGAGCAGCAGCUGUAGGAAACUCGAGUGUUGAGCUGGCUCCCGAGAAAACAGUCGUGGAGCGUGUUAGAGCUAAUGACCUCUCGAGUACUGCAGCUUUGACUCCGCCAGCUACUCCUCCCCACCAUAUGUGGAAACCCCUGGCCCCUGUGGCCCUGCUGGGAAAGAGCAAGGCUGCUGAGGCCUCAAAGCCAAGCCCCUCCAAGGUUAUCCAGAUAGAAGCCCGGCCUCUGCCCUCACUCAGGUCUCGCAGUAAACCCACUCCUGCUGCUGCGGCUGUAGCCCCCGAGCUAGCGUGCAUGGACCAUGACUAUUGCCUCCCCAACAAAGGCGCUUCCACCGGAGAACCAGGCAAGCGUUGGAAUGUCAAACAGCCAUCUUUUAUCACUAUUAAACCCAUCGGGCAACCCACCAGAACCACUACACAAACACCCCCAGCUGCCCCGGCAUCGUCUGCCCAGUCCGCCGUAAAGCCUGUGGUUGCAAUCAAAACACAAGAGAUUACCGUGACGGAGCCCCUCGAUCACAGGACUGAUGGGAUGGAGAGAAGCUCUGUCCUGGAGACUCCUGACGCUUCGCCUGCUCAGCAGGACACUGACGCCUCUGUUAAAGAAGGAAGCCCCAGGAGUAGGCCUUGUGGGAGGUCCUACCGUCGACCUGCUGCUUCUCGCACACCCAGUCCCAGGUCUAGUCCCAAAGAGAGGACUGGAGGCCGGUCUAGAAAAAGAAGAUGCCAUCGUUCUCCCAGCCCUAUGUCCAGCAGUUCAGAGUCGGACUCCAACUCCUCUAGAGCUCGGUCUAGAUCACACUCUCCAUCUAAGAAAAGGUAUCGCCUCGGUGACUCUGACCGUAGUUCCAGCUCCUCAUCCCGUUCCUCCUCUAGGUCCUCCCCCUCUGUGUCCCGCUCCCCUCCCAGGAGGAGAAGGUACUCUUAUUCCUCCUCUCACUCUGGUUCUUGGAGUCACUCCAGUUCGCGGUCUCGAUCCCCUCAGAGACAAUGGAGUAGAAGCAGAAGAGUGAACAGCUAUGGUCAAAGUACAAAUAAAAAAGAAAUAAAGCCAAAUUCGGAGGAGGUGAAGAGACUCAAGGAGAAAGCCAUUGAGGAGCGCCGGGUGGUUUACAUCGGUCGAAUUCGGGGAACGAUGACCCAAAAAGAACUUAAAGAGCGCUUCUCCAUGUUUGGCGAGAUUGAAGAAUGUACCCUGCACUUUAGAGACCAUGGGGACAACUAUGGGUUUGUGACUUAUUACGACACCAAGAAUGCGUUCACGGCCAUCGAGAAUGGAAGCAAGCUGCGCAAGCCUGAUGAGUUGCCGUUUGACCUCUGUUUUGGUGGAAGGAGACAGUUCUGCAAAUCCAACUAUGCUGAUCUGGAUUCGAGUAGAGAGUACGAUCCAUUGCCUGCAAAAGGCAAGUUUCAUGCACUAGACUUCGACACUUUAUUGAAGCAGGCCAAGCAGAAUCAGAAGAGGUAACAGGAGGCCUGCAGCAGGAAGCAGCUGACACUUACCUCAAAGCCAACGGUUGGCUUCUCACCUGCAACGCUGUAUUUACAUUUUAGUUGUUGCAUUAGUUUUAUUUUGUUUGUUUUAUUUUUUAUUUGUUUUACUUUGUUUCUGCAAGCUUACACCUUCUAUUGAAGUGAAGAUUUGUAAUGAAAGUAGGAAAAGAAAAAAAAAUGGAAUAAGUGAAAUUAAAUAAUUUUUUUAAAGUUUAUUUAAAUGUAUAAUCAAAUUUAAAUUGUACGGAGAGAAUCAUUUUUAAAAGAGGAACGGUAAGUGGGAUGGAGCUCCCUAAAUACUGGGAGAGGUUGUGAUACAUUGAAUGUACUACGAACCUAAAUAAAAAAACAAAAGA